AUGAGUAUAGCUGAUAGUCAACCAAAUAUUAAUUGGAUUUUUCAAGAAAUGAUUGGUAUUGGACUUUCUUUUAUUUUUUAUCUUGAAUCAACAUUAAUAAUGACUUAUUGUGCCAUUCAUUGGAAUCAUUUUACAUGGGGUUGUUCUGCUAUCACCUCAUUUUUAUGUACAAUUUUAUUAGCAAUUGACUUUGGAGAAAUGAGUAAAAAACAUUAUAAAAAUCCUGAAAUCAUGGUAACUUAUACUAGAGAAAUUGAAUAUUAA